CGAUUAAUCACAUGAUAGAGAAACUAAUAUGAACUGUAGAGGAUGCUCUUUGUAAUGUUAUUUCAUCUGUUUUUUUAAACAAUAAAAAUGAACAUUUCAGCAGCAGCAAAACCUCAAACUUUGACGUCUCUUCUGUGUGCACUGCCCAGGGAAAUUAGUUAAAUCUGCUUUAGUUUUAUUUUCAGUUAAUGUCUUUUAAUUUCUUUCUUAAUUACAUUUUUUUUUUCAGUCAAAGUCAUUUAAUUACUUGACUGAAUCAGUUGAAUCUGUUUUAGUUACCUUAUGAAGAAAUGUUACGUGGGGUUUUUCUUGAACUAAACCCAAAGAAUGUCAGGCUUAUUUUUCCAACCAACAGUUACUGGUAUGUAUAUGCUGCUUUAUUAUCUGUGCUACACGAAAAGGUAAGAUCGUUAUCUUUGCAGGAUCAAUCUUUGACAAAAGUACACAACAAAAAACCAAUUUUAUUCAGCAAUUUUAUAUGGCUAGCUCUGACAAUGAAGACCCAGAGAAGAAUCCCAUCAGCCGAGAAGAACGUUCCGAUUCCAGAGGUGGCUGGAGUGCUGCCAUAUUCAUCAUCUGUAAGCUGCCAGUCUUCUUUGAUUUUUUUUUAUUUUUAUAUAUGUGAUUUUCAUUUAAAUAUUUUGUUGUUUCAGUUGUUGAGGUGGCAGAGAGAUUUGCUUACUUUGGCAUGGCGGGUAACCUCAUCACAUACCUCACAAAUGAACUCCAUGAGCCGAUUCCCAUAGCUGUAAAGAAUGUCAACACUUGGGUUGGAGUUUCAUCUCUCCUCCCAAGACUCGGAGCCUUCAUAGCUGAAGCCUUUCUUGGUCGAUUCAAUACCAUCCUCGUUUCAUCGACCAUUUACCUCUUGGAACGGUUAAAUUCAAAGGUUUCCUUAGUGUUAUUACCCUUUUGUUUUCAUAACAUGAUUGUUUUUCUUUUCGUGUCUUGCAGGCAAUGAUGUUAUUAACCAUAACAGUGGCAGUAAUCCCUCUGCAUUAUCAAGCAAUUUUCUUUGUUGCGCUUUACAUAUUAUCAAUUGGGCUAGCAGGGCACAAACCAUGUGUACAAACCUUUGCAGCUGACCAGUUUCGUGAAGACACGCCGCGGGAUAAGAGGGCGAAGAGCUCAUUUUUCAACUGGUGGUUCUUGGGGAUCGUAAUUGGCGCCUCUGUUGCCAUUUUGGUAGUUAUAUAUCUACAGGUCAACAGACUCUUCCUCUGAUCUUAUUUACAUGCACAAGCAGAGUUUUUUUUCUCAAAGUUUAGCCAGGUAUAACUCAAAGUCCAUUUAGCAUUAGUUCAGAGCAAUGGUACAUAAAGAUAACAAGUCCCAAAAUUUUGAAUCCUAGCUGUGAAUUUUUUUUUAAUUUUCUAUUAUGUGAGUUGACUCUGGACCUCAUUUAUUUACAACAAAUAAGAAAUCGGAUGAACUUUUUUGGUGAUUAAUACAACAACAACAACAAAAUCUUAUCCCACUAAGUGGGGUCGGCUGUAUGAAUUCUAUAACGUCAUUGCGCUCAGGUCAUGUGCCAUGUCUUCCGUUAGAUCCAAUUACUCGAAGUUUUUUCUUAGAGUCUCUUUCCAAGUCUUCCUAGAUCUUCCUCUAUCCCUUCGGCCCUGAACCUCUAUCUUGUAAUCACAUCUUCUAACCGGAGCGUCUGUAGGCCUUCGUUUCACAUGUCCAAACCACCUUAACAAAUUUUCUCUUAUCUUUCCUUCAAUUUUGGCUACUCAUACUUUACCUCGGAUAUCCUCAUUCAUAAUUUUAUCUUUUCUAUUGUGCCCACACAUCCAUCGAAGCAUUCUCAUCUCUGCUACACUCAUUUUAUAUACGUAUUGAUUCUUCACCGCCCAACAUUUUGUGCCAUAAAGCAUUGCUAGCCUUGGUACUGUCCUAUAAAAUAUUCCCUUGAGCUUUAGUGGCAUACGACAGUCGCACAACACACCCCAUACACUCUUCCACUUCGUCCAUCCAGCUUCUUUUGCAAGAUAGAUCCUAUGUAGCGAAAGUGAUCGCUCUUUGGUACUUCCUGAUCUCUAAUCCUUACCCCUAACUCAUUUGGGCCUCCGUUCGCACUGAACUUGUACUCCAUAUACUUUGUCUUUGACCAACUUAGGCGAAAACCUUUAGAUUCCAACACUUCUCUCCAAAGGUUAAGCUUCGCAUUCACUCCUUCCUAAGUUUCAUCUAUCAACACUAUAUUGUCUGCGAAAAGCAUACAUCAAGAAUUAUCAUCUUGAAUAUGUCCUGUUAACUCAUCCAUUACCAAUGCACAUUUUUGUUGAUUAAUAUGAAUUAAAAUUAUGGUGACCCUAAAGUUGUGUUAGUUCAAUUGUGUCAAAAUAGUUCCUAGGAUAUUGUAAAAAUUCAAAAACUUUGGCGUCCGAUUGAGUUUGUAGUCAUUUACGUAUUGAAUUUGUCACUAUGCUUACCCUUGGUGUAGGAUUAUGUUGGGUGGGCGGCAGGGUUUGGAACAUUGACAGGGGCGAUGGCGGUCGCAUUGGUUCUGUUCCUGUUCGGUUACAAGAAGUACAGAAGGCAGGGACCCUUAGGCAGCCCUUUCACCUCGGUGGCUCAGGUGUUUGUGGCGGCAGCGAGGAAGUGGCGCGUCAAUGGAACACCCGCUGGUGUUGUUGUGCACAGUGAUGACAAGAGUCAACAUGAGACUAGGACUUUGGCGCAUACCAGUCAGUUCAGAUGCUUGGACAAGGCAAUGAUCGUUGACGACCAUGAUGCUUCAUGCAUGACCAGAAAUCCAUGGAGAUUAUGCUCACAAAAUCAAGUAGAACAAGUAAAGCUCAUCCUACGCCUGAUUCCCGAAUGGAUGUGUUGCUUAAUGUUUGCUGUAGUCCAGUCCUUUUUCCAGACCACCUUCACCAAGCAAGGAAGCACAAUGGUCCAGUCAAUUGGUUCAAACUUUAUGCUUCCCGAAGCAUCACUUCAAAUCUUUGUUAGCCUGACAGUUAUAGUUGUCAUUCCAAUCUACGAUCGUGUUUUUGUCCCAACUGCCCGAAAAUUCACGGGGCAGUCCUCUGGCAUCACCAUCUUACAAAGAAUCGGCAUUGGUCUAUUUCUGUCCAUAAUCACCAUGGUUGUGUCAGGUUUGGUGGAAGUGAAAAGGGUUAGCAUUGCAAGAGAACACAACCUCUUGGACAACCCGAAAACAAUAGUGCCAAUGAGAGUGUGGUGGUUAAUUCCACAGUACAUGGUAUGCGGUUUAUAUAAUGCAUUUGCAUUGGUUGGAAUCCAAGAGUUCUUUUUCGAUCAAAUGCCAGAGGAAAUGAGAAGCAUGGGAGCAGCAGCAUACCUCAGCGUUACAGGUGCUGGAAACUUCGUGAGCAGUAGUAUAAUAACUGUGAUGCAAGUAAUUGGCUCAAAGCAUGGCGAAACAUGGCUUAGUGACAAUAUCAAUCGUGCCCACCUCGAUUGCUUCUAUUGGGUAAUUGCUGCACUAAGCACUGUUAAUUUUUUGAUUUAUGUGUGGAUCGCUAAACGUUUCAUCUACAAAGAGUUUGAAACAGAAGGAACCGAGAAGCAGACAGAGCCGUCUCAAUCUGGAUGAUCAAGAACCGAAGCUUGUAGCUUGGCCUAUCUUGCAGAUAACAGAAACUAGUGGUAUAGAAUACAUGUUUGUGUUGUAAUGUCGUACAACUGCCUCGCAGCUUAAAAUAUACCUCUUCCCUUAUGAUUUCGGACAUCCGGAUCUCGUAAUAGAAUUUCAGAAAAGCAGGCUCUAGUAGAAUUAGUAUAAAGGCCUGCAUCUGCAUGUAUGAAAUUCCUUGAUCAAAAAUUCCCUUUUCAUCUGUUCUGCAGUCAAA